GACUACAUCUUACUCUUCUUGCAUAUAUAUACUUGCCUUCCCCUGCUACUCUUUCCUUCAUUCUAACAUUCUUGCUCUCUUUAUCCCCUCCAAUUUUAAAACCUCUGUUGUAAUAUACCAUAUCCACAGCUACAUUUAUCAACAUGGCAUCGCAAUCUUUAACAAGAUGCAGCAUGGCAGCAGUUUAUCCGUCAGUUCUUUCGUCUUCCAAGUCCAAAUUUGCAGCUGCAUUGCCAAUGUCAUUGCUUAGUGCUAAUGGUAAUGCAUCUCGCUUCACUAUGAGUGCGGAGUGGAUGCCUGGCCAACCCCGGCCUGCCCACCUCGAUGGAUCAGCACCCGGGGAUUUUGGAUUCGACCCGCUAGGACUAGGAACAGUCCCAGAAAAUCUCGAGAGAUUCAAGGAGUCUGAGCUCUACCAUUGCAGAUGGGCUAUGCUUGCUGUUCCAGGAAUUUUGGUGCCUGAGGCAUUAGGUCUGGGCAAUUGGGUACAAGCUCAACAAUGGGCUGCAAUCCCUGGAGGACAAGCAAGCUACUUGGGCAAUCCAGUUCCAUGGGGCACCCUUCCCACCAUCCUGGCAAUAGAAUUUCUCGCCAUUGCGUUUGUUGAGCACCAAAGAAGCAUGGAGAAAGACCCCGAAAAGAAAAAGUACCCUGGUGGUGCUUUCGACCCUCUAGGCUACUCCAAGGACCCCAAGAAGUUCGAGGAAAUGAAGCUCAAGGAAGUCAAAAAUGGCCGUCUUGCUAUGUUAGCGUUUGUGGGAUUUUGUGUUCAACAAUCAGCAUAUCCAGGGACGGGGCCAUUGGAGAACCUCGCUGCUCACUUGGCUGAUCCGUGGCACAACACCAUUGGAGAUAUCAUCAUCCCCAGAGGGCUGUAAAAACACUACUGUUUACCAUUGCAGAUCUUAUUUGUGCUGUUUACAAGAUUCAAGUAGUCCUCACAUUCUGCUGAUACAUUAGACUAGUUGUUCAAUACUGAUUUGUUCUCUUUUUGUUUUUUUGUUGGCUAAAUGAUUUGUUCUCUGUUUUUUGGUUGCUUGUAAUUAUUUAUGGAAUCAGUGUAUGAAUUUAUAAAAUGUAGGGAUCUUGUUUGUAA